GAGGGACGGGGCAAAGAUGGCGGCGCCCGUCCUGCUGCGGGUGUCGGUGCCGCGCUGGGAGCGGGUGGCGCGGUCCGCCGUGUGCGCCGCCGGCAUCCUGCUGUCCCUCUACGCCUGCCACCUGGAGCGCGAGAAGGGCCGUGACAGCCACUACCAGGCGCUGUGCGACCUCAGCGAGCGGGUGCGCUGCUCCGCCGCCAUCACCUCCAGAUGGGGUCGAGGAUUCGGUCUGUUGGGUUCCAUCUUUGGAAAGGACAGUGCAAUAAAUCAGUCAAACAGUGUUUUUGGACUCGUGUUUUAUAUACUACAAAUGCUACUUGGUAUGACAGCAAGUGCAGUAGCAGCUCUAAUCCUCAUGACAUCCUCCAUAGUGUCUGUAGUAGGGUCAUUGUACUUGGCAUACAUUCUGUACUUCGUGCUGAAGGAAUUUUGCAUUGUCUGCGUCAUCACAUAUUUGCUGAACUUCAUUCUCUUUAUCAUCAACUACAAACGACUAGUUUAUUUGAACGAGGCCUGGAAACGGCAACUCCAACCCAAACAGGAAUAACCCCUGUUUGAACUCUUGACUGACAGUCUGAAGACCCAACUUCCAUUAAGUUUAUUUUGCAGUAAUUUUUUAUUCUCCAUAUCAGACACUUUCCCCGAGAAUCAUAACUGAAUUUUUAAUUAUAAAUUUGAAGGGGCCCCCGAUAAUUUCUCUGUGCUAAUCUUCAGUUUAAAUGUGGUUGUGAAAGAAAGCUCUAAUACAAUCAAAGACAAGCUUUAACUUUACUUUGAAGGAGUUUUAGCCACAGCAAAACCUAGACUCUCUCUUCCCCCUCCACUUGUGAAGUGGGUAACACUUGCUAUAAAAUAUCCUGUAUAUAAAUUCAGGUAUAACAAGAUGUGAUCAUGACAUUAAAUAUUCUAGACUAGCAUCACCAUAUUUAAUGUUGCCAUGUUUACAGUAUGUGUAUUACUUUUUUGUUUCGUUUUGGUUUUUUUUUUAGCUGAUGGACUUAGAUUUGACUAGGACUUACACUGUAAAUAAAAUUAGAACUAUUGGUUUCAUCCCUGGAGAACUCACUGUACAAUGGGUUUUGUUAGGAGCUGUCAGAGGGUUCAGCUCACAGUCGACUGACACGAUGGAAGAAGUGACCUCUGAAGAGAACACGGAGUUGCUGCACUCACUGCUCGUGCUGUCCCAAGAAUGAUGCUUGGGGUUGGUUCCAUUUUUUUUUUUCUUCUGUCUUUCUUUUUGUCUCCAGUACCGAAAAAUGGAAUUAAAGCUGAAACCUGAAGUGUGUUCAUUAAACCACAACCUCGUUAAUUCUGUACCGAGUGAAAAUAGCUUCGUGUGGUCGAUGGGAAGCCGCCACCAGGAUAUUCUGUGCAGGCUGGGGGUUGGUGUAUCAAAGUGUUCUUUGAAAGGACUCAGUUUCCAUGCAGAGCUGUUUCAUUUUUAAGCUGUGGUCAGCCAGCCAGUGUUACUAAUGUUUGAUGUUCUAUGAAUGCUGCAGUAUAGGAUUGCAAUUGCAGUGGAAACCACUGACUGAGCGGGAUAACCAAGUCGUGCACUGAAAAAGCAGUUACUUAAUUGAUCUUCGUCAGGAUCCUUGGUUUGUGCUAUAUUGGGAAAUGAACUUUAGGCCUGACACACACACACAAGAUCCCUUGGAAGGGCAAGCUGUUUAAUGGGAUAAGUGAGUAAAUGUGCUCCUGAAAAUGAAAUGUGAUAUAGUGCUAUCAUUGCUCUUUCUAAUAACUAAUUGGGAAAAAAAAAAAUUAAACUGCGGAUUUAAAGGAACAAAAUUGUACAUGUUGUUUCUGCACUCAGUAUUCUAAGGCUGAAUGUUAAAAGUGCCUUCUGUCUUAAAAUCUUAAACCAAAUACUUUGUGUUGAACUUGGCAGGCAGAAGUGUCCUUGCUUUAAAAAUGAACAAACAAACAAACAAAAUUCCCAGCAAACUUGCUGGGGAUAGAGGAGUAUUUAAGAGAUAUGGUUUAGUUUUUAGACUGAGAAGUGGUAGCAGUAUUGUUUCAGUUUAAUUAAAAAAGGUUGAUGGCCAUUUGGAAAAGUAAAAUAUUUGUGUUUCAGACUCUGUGACACCAAAAUGUGUAGGUUCAGUUACUUUCUGUAAUUGGUGCUGUGCUGCUUUUUGCCCUUGUCAGCUUCUAAAUAUGGAGAAUUCCAACUGCAUACCAUUUAUUUAAAGAAUUAAUCUAACUACUUUUUGGAUUUUUUUUCUCAAACAUGAAUGUCAGAGAGACACUUCCGUUGUAUGGAUAAGUGGAUUAUAAACACUAAGUUGCUGAGGAUAAACUUGACUGUGAAACAUGCAGUGUUUCCGUAGAGCAAAUUUUUAGAUUGAAUCCACAAAAUAGUAUUUAAAUUACUACUGAAGUCAUUUUCUGGUUUGUAUCAAGGAUGUAGGUGGAAACUGCUUUUAUGUAUAGAGUUCUGUGGUAUGAGUAACAUCUGUUGCAUGUAACACUAAAUUACUUGUCCCUCUUGUCUGACAGUUUUAGACAACAAUUCAUUAAAUGCAUUUUGUAUUGACCAGA